CAGGGCCCCAAGGGGUGGGGUAAGCUUGGGAGCUGCAGGAAAGGCACAGGUGCAGGGUGGUGUCUUUGUUUUCUCACUAAAUCCCUCCCCUUCUCCUUCCUCCCCGGAAACCAGCAACUUUGCCACAACUAGUUUUGGGGAUGCUGAGCUGUGGGGUCCAGGCCAGAGAGGAGUGGGCAUAAGGGGGGGCUGCAGCAGCUGUCAGGCCAUGAACCAGGCUGCCCUCCCUGCUCAGGGUAGGAGGCUCGCAGACUCGGUUCUCACUACUCAGUCAUGAACAGAAGUGACAACUGCACGGAUCUCGUGCUGGGAAUCCCCUCCGUGGCCCAGGCUUGGGGAUUAUGGGCCCUCUUAGGGGCUGUGACGCUGCUGCUUUUCAUUUCCCUGGUUGCACACUUGUCUCAAUGGACAAGUGGUCGGAGCAGGAGUUAUCAGAAGCAGGGACGCUCUGGAGGAUCUGUGGAAGAGGUCCCCCUGUACGGGAACCUGCAUUAUCUGCAGACAGGACGGCUGACUCAAGAACCAGGGCCAGACCAUCAAGAGUCAGCCUCUGGAGGUCCCACCAGGGCUGCAGAGGAGGUGAUGUGCUAUACCAGCCUGCAGCUUCGGCCUCCUCAGGGCCGGAUCCCCAGCCCUGGUACCCCCAUCAAGUACUCGGAGGUGGUCCUGGACUCUGAGCCAAAGCCCCAGGCCUCGGGCCCCGAGCCAGAGCUCUAUGCCUCAGUGUGUGCCCAGACCCGCCGAGGCCGGGCUUCCUUCCCUGAUCAGGCCUACGCCAACAGCCAGCCUGCACCCACCUGAGAAGGACGGCCUGGCACCGCGGGGUGUGCGUGGCCCGGGCCUCCCCUGUUGCAGGGUUUACUGCUACCUUGUCUGGGGCAUGACUGUUUCCCAACCACCCCCAAGGGAAAGAAGCCGUUGCCCUGUCACAGGAGGUAACCUCCCGGAGCUCCCUAACUGGGCUGUGAGGGAGACAUCUCCGGAACGGCAGGCCUCCAAUUUCUUGAAGACAAAAGAGGCAAAGGCAGGGACCCCUCCCCACCUUCUUUUUCUAUUUGUUCCUCUCAGUCCCGAAACCCCCAGAUUCUCACUUCCUCUUCCUUCUGGAUCCUCCCCACUCCCCCUCCCUAACAGUCUACCCCACCCCACCCCCAUCCCCUCAGUGUGUCCUCAGGCACAGGAAGUGGGUAGUGGGGGAGGGGUAAGAGCCGGAGAGGACGUGGGUAGGUACAAUCCUUAGGUGCCCUCAGCCUGGGGGGUCCUGGAGCCUAGGAACCUGAGGGACCCAAGCUUGGCUCUGAUUGGCUCUGGGAACCCUGGCAGGAGAAUACCAGUUUCCAUUCUGCUACCUCUGUCAUGUCCCCAACUUUUCAAAUAAAACUUCUCAGAACAUGUUUAUAUUUUA